GGCUAAUGUUAACAAGGUGACAUACUAUCGUAGGAAAGGUAGUACAUACCUAGGCGGGGAGGGGACCGUGCAAUACCCUAACGGCUGGAGUCUAUGCAAAACCUGGAGGUGGGUAUCGUCAUCCACAUAUAAGGCGUUCCCACGCGCAUGGUUAUGCCAUCAGCCCUCUUUCUCUUUCCACCUAGAUAGGCUGUUUAAUUUAUUCCCUGCGUAUACCUUCUUUUACUCAGAGGAAUGGCGGACCCAAAACCCUUGAAGGAUAAGGUCGUCCUAGUAACAGGAGCGGCCCAGGGUCUUGGCGAGGUAAUCUCCAAGUACGUCGCCGCGCGAGGCGCAAUCCUCUCCCUAGCAGAUCUACAGAAGAGCAAGCUCGAUGAGACGGCGGAGCGCAUCAGAGCGUCAUAUCCCGACGUCCAAAUCCUGACGUGGGCCGUGAACAUCACGGAUCCGAAGAGCGUGGAGGAGUGGGUCGCCGCGACGAAGGAGAAGUUCGGGCGGAUCAACGCCUGUGUCAACAAUGCCGGCAUCAUAGGCAAAGACCCAAGCCCGAUAACAGACCUCAGCUUUGAGGAGUGGACAAGCGUCAUCGACGUGAAUCUGACGGGGUUGUUCACCUGUCUCAAGUACCAACUACGUGCCAUAUCUGACGACGGCAGCAUCGUCAACAUGUCGAGCGUCGCCGGCCUGCGCGGCACGGGCUUCUACGCGGCUUACGCGGCGUCCAAGCACGGCGUUGUGGGCUUGACCAAAGUGGCCGCUGCCCAGCACGCUCAUCGCGGCGUGCGGGUGAACGUCGUGUGUCCGGCCAUCGCAGAUACACCAAUGUGGCAGCAGUUGCGCGACCAGACUGGUGACGUUCGUGUCGAGGACUUUCCGCAGUUGUUCAAGCGGUACGUGACGCCGGACGAGGUCGCUUCCAUGGUUGGAUAUCUGCUGUGCGACGAGAGUAAGUUCGUCACGCGGACGGCGUUUCCAGUCGAUGGCGGGUAUUGUGGUUGAGGUCAGGUGACGAGCGGGCUUCGAAUCCUUGAACCAGAUGAAGAGAUACGGGCACUUUUAAUGAAGUCUGUACGAUGCUUGUCAAAAUAGGGUUGAUACUCUGCAGGAAGCUUGACUGGGCAGAAUGUAUUCCUAUGUGUGGCUAACGACUGACGUUGUAUAUGUCUAGGUAGAUAUGGGAAUUUUUGAUAAAGGAGGAGGCAAGUUUGUUAUACAUAAUACCAUACGCCUUAAGGCUAUGUCACAACAAGCUUGUAGCGAAGGAACCUACAAGAAAGGGUGGCUGGGUUAGUAUCACCAUAUGAAAAGGG